AUGAUAACUUUAAAAACUGCUAUAACUCAGCAGUUCAAAAUUACUAAAAAAAGUAUACUGGUUUUCCAAAAACAUUCAUUUUCGUUAUCAUCCCUUUUAAGACAGAAGGAACAAUUACGUUAUGCUGGUGCAGAUUUAUUGAAAAAUUUUACUGACGAACAUGCCCACAAGUUGGUUGAUGUGUCCAAAGUGCUUGUUAUUGGUUCUGGUGGAUUAUCCAUUGGUCAAGCAGGUGAGUUUGAUUACUCAGGAUCACAAGCCAUCAAAGCUUUGAAAGAAGCUAAUAAACAAUCUAUUUUAAUCAACCCAAACAUUGCUACAAAUCAAACAUCACAUGCCUUGGCAGACGAAAUCUACUAUUUGCCAGUGACACCAGAAUAUAUCACUUAUAUCAUUGAAAGAGAAAGACCAGAUGGUAUAUUAUUGACAUUUGGUGGUCAAACUGGGUUAAAUGUCGGUGUUAAAUUGGAUAAAAUGGGUGUUUUCGAAAGAUACGGUGUCAAAGUGUUGGGUACUCCAAUUAAAACUUUGGAAACUUCUGAAGAUCGUGAUUUAUUUGCUCAAGCUUUGAAAGAAAUUAAUAUUCCAAUUGCUGAAUCUAUUGCUGUUGAAAAUGUUGAUGAUGCCUUGAAUGCUGCUAAAGAAGUUGGAUACCCUAUCAUUGUUAGAUCUGCUUAUUCUCUUGGUGGAUUAGGUUCUGGUUUUGCUGCAAACGAAGAGGAAUUGAGAAACUUGGCUGCUCAAUCACUUUCUUUGGCUCCUCAAAUCUUGGUGGAAAAAUCUUUGAAAGGUUGGAAAGAAGUUGAAUACGAAGUUGUCCGUGAUCGUGUUGGUAAUUGUAUAACUGUUUGUAAUAUGGAAAAUUUUGAUCCAUUGGGUAUCCACACUGGUGAUUCCAUUGUUGUUGCCCCUUCACAAACAUUAUCUGAUGAAGAGUACCAUAUGUUGAGAAGUGCUGCUAUCAAAAUUAUCAGACAUUUAGGUGUUGUUGGUGAAUGUAAUGUGCAGUACGCUUUACAACCAGAUGGAUUAGAUUUCAGAGUUAUUGAAGUUAACGCUCGUUUAUCACGUUCUUCUGCUUUGGCUUCUAAAGCCACAGGUUACCCAUUGGCUUAUACUGCUGCUAAAAUUGCUCUUGGUCACACUUUACCAGAACUACCAAAUCCAGUUACUAAAACUACUACUGCCAAUUUUGAACCAUCCUUGGAUUAUUUGGUUACUAAAAUUCCUAGAUGGGAUUUAUCCAAAUUUCAACAUGUUAAACGUGACAUUGGUUCUGCUAUGAAAUCUGUUGGUGAAGUUAUGGCAAUCGGUAGAAACUUUGAAGAAUCUUUCCAAAAGGCAAUUAGACAAAUUGAUCCAUCAUACAUUGGAUUCCAAGGUGAUAAAUUUGACAACUUGGAUGAAGCAUUGGCAAAUCCAACUGAUAGAAGAUGGUUAGCCGUUGGACAAGCGUUAUUACACGAAAACUAUACUGUUGAUCAAGUUCACGAAUUGACCAAGAUUGAUAAAUGGUUCUUACAUAAAUUGAUGAAUAUUGUUAACAUGUAUCGUGAAUUAGAAGCAAACGGACAUUUGUCAAUUAUUAAUCAUGAUUUGAUGAGUCGUGCUAAGAAAUUGGGAUUUUCAGAUAAACAAAUUGGUCUCUGUGUUGGUGCUGACGAAUUAGAAGUUAGAAGAGUUAGAAAAGAAUUAGGAAUUAUUCCAUUUGUGAAAAAAAUUGAUACUUUAGCAGCUGAAUUUCCAGCCAACACCAAUUAUUUGUACACCACUUAUAAUGCCACUAGUUCUGACAUUGAUUUCAAUGAUAAAGGUACCAUGGUAUUGGGAUCUGGGGUAUACAGAAUUGGAUCUUCUGUUGAAUUUGAUUGGUGUGCCGUUUCAACUGCCCGUGCUUUGAGAGAAAAUGGACACAAGACUAUUAUGAUUAAUUAUAACCCAGAAACUGUUUCUACUGAUUUUGAUGAAGUUGAUAGAUUAUAUUUCGAAGAAUUAUCAUUAGAAAGAGUAUUGGACAUCUAUGAAUUAGAACAUGCUCAAGGUGUGGUUGUAUCUGUUGGUGGUCAAUUGCCACAAAAUAUUGCUCUUUCUUUACAAAACCAAGGUUGUAAUGUUUUGGGUACUAAUCCGGAAGAUAUCGACAAAGCAGAAGAUCGUCACAAGUUUUCUCAAAUUUUGGAUUCCAUUGGUGUUGAUCAACCAGCUUGGAAAGAAUUAACUUCAGUUAAAGAAGCUGAAAAUUUUGCUGAUGAAGUUGGGUUCCCAGUAUUGGUUCGUCCAUCAUAUGUUUUGUCUGGUGCUGCCAUGUCUGUUAUUAACAACAAAAGUGAAUUAGACGCAAAAUUGUCUAAUGCCUCCAAAGUUUCUCGUGAUUACCCCGUGGUUAUUUCUAAAUUCAUUCAAGGUGCACAAGAAAUUGAUAUUGAUGGGGUUGCCAAUGAAGGUGAAGUUUUAGUUCAUGCCGUUUCUGAACACGUUGAAAAUGCUGGUGUUCAUUCUGGUGAUGCCACUUUAGUUUUACCACCACAAGGAUUGUCACCAAUAUUAUUAGAUCGUUUGAAGGUAAUUGCUGAUAAAGUUGCUGCUGCCUGGAAAAUCACUGGUCCAUUCAAUAUGCAAAUUAUCAAGAAUGAUCAAAAUGGUACAUUAAACGAUGAAACUUGUGAAUUGAAAGUUAUUGAAUGUAAUAUCCGUGCAUCUCGUUCAUUCCCAUUUGUUUCUAAAGUGUUAGGAAUCAACUUCAUUGAUGUUGCUGUCAAAGCAUUAAUUAAACAGAAUGUUCCACAACCAGUUAACUUGAUGAACCAAAAAUACGAUCGUGUUGCAACCAAAGUCCCACAAUUUUCUUUUACUAGAUUAGCUGGAGCUGAUCCUUUCUUAGGUGUUGAAAUGGCUUCCACUGGUGAAAUUGCCUGUUUUGGUAAGGAUUUAUUAGAAGCCUAUUGGACUUCUAUUCAAUCAACCAUGAACUUCCAUUUACCUAAACCAGGUCAAGGUUUGUUAUUUGGUGGUGAUUUAACUAAUGAUAAAUUAGGUAAAGUUGCUUCUAAUUUGACUGGAUUAGGAUAUAAAUUCUACACUGCUAGUGAACCAGUUGCUCAAUACUUGAAGAAUUUUGUUAAGGAACCAGUUGAAAUUAUUGAAUUCCCCAAAACUGAUAAACGUGCAUUGAGAGAAAUAUUUCAAGAUAAAGAAAUUGGUGCUGUUUUCAAUUUGGCUAAAGCAAGAGCUGAAGAUUUAUUAGACGAAGAUUAUGUUAUGAGAAGAAAUGCAAUUGAUUUUGCCAUUCCAUUAUUUAAUGAACCUAAUACUUCAUUAUUGUUUUCUCAAUGUUUGAAAGAAAAAAUUGGUCACAAGGUUUCAUUUGAUGAAAUACCUCAUAAAGUUGAAAUCCCUCAAGAAGUUAAAAGAUGGAGUGAGUUUAUUGGUGGUAAACCAGUGUAA